GAGCCCAGUAGACUCAGGAACCUGUACACCUGUUGAUUGACAGCUGAGAGGCGGGACCAAAGAGCCAGAGCUCGACCCCCGCAAACACAACUAAUGAUAAUAAAAAAAAUGGUGAACAAAAUAUAAGCUUAAUGGGGGUAGCUCUUAAAACUGAAUGAGAUCAGAAACUUUUAUGAAUGAAGAGAAAUGGAAACAAAAUUGCGUGAUAAUUGGAAUGGCAACUAUUGCAACAGAACGACAGUUAGUAAUUUUCAUAGUAAGGAUUAAAAACUGAAGAGGGCAAUAAACAUAUGUAUACAAUUUUAGAUUACAUUUCUACAGUUAUAUGUACCAGUACAGGUUCAGUAAUUAAUGUUUAAUAACAGCAAAACAGAGGUCGACAUUUAGGAAGAAAGGUUGUAUUCCAUCCCGUACUGGACCACAAAAGGAGGAAUAUGAAUCCUUAUGAGCGCCAUGGUAUUAUUACUUCAUUAUGAUGGUUAAUGGAAGUCCUGUGAUGGGUCCCGUAGGCUGGGGCACCAGUGGACAACAUUAUCCUGAUGGUGUGAGGGAGGGGGUGAGCACACCGGCCUGAACCAGAUACCAUCCCGCCAUUUCCUCUUAACCUCCAUCUCUUCUGCAUCCCCAAAGUUGCCAUAUCAUCAACAGUUAACUCUCAUGUUAUAAUGCAGUUGGAGACACGUGUGUAACAGUGUGUCGGCCCAUGGCGUCGUUAGGCCUCAGAUUAUCUUUGUUGUCAUUUAGAAAGUUUUUGUAUAAAUAAAGUGAGAUUUAAAGCGUUUUACUUCUUGUAUCAAUGUAACUUAUACUUGCAAGCAAAUGGUGAUCAUAAGUGCAUUAUUCCCAGCUGAUGGUGAGGUGUUUACAGUUGGCAACCCGCCCGGUGCCCGGGGCGAGGUAUGAUAAGGGCAGCCCCGGGGCACGGAGGGCAAGUCGUGCCGCAGGGAUGGUCAAGGCAGCAACCACUGUGCUCCUCUUGCUGGGGGUGUCCACCCUAGUGGCGGCCUCCGCUAAACACGCCGAGCACGGACACGACCUCCGCGAUAACCACAGAGGCGGAAAAGGCCACUUCAACGCCCAGGUGAUGUGUGCCAACUCGACGAACCAACCAGAGUGCCACCGUAGGGUGGAGGUGUGCCGGGCCGUCCACCGGAGGUCGUGGCAGAGAGGCAAGACUCAGGAGGACCUCACCAGCUGUGCUCGCCAGCUCAAAAUUCGGCUCCCUGAAGACACGGAGAACAACCACCAACACUUCCGUAACUGGGCACGGGAGAACCAGGAGCUGAAGCGACAACUGUUUGCCUGCAUUCAUCAGGGCAUGUUCCACAGUGAUGGGAGCAUCAACAGGCCAGCCGUAGUGGAAAAGAUGAUGGCGAUGAUGUCUGGUGAGGACGAGCCCCAGCUGCUGCAGGAGCUCCUCGACCGCGUCAACACUUGUCCCGAGUCCUCUAGUCGGCGGGACUUCUACAGGUGUGUCUUCCUCGGGUGUGCCACACCUUGAGGCCCUCUCGCAUAGUCCUUCAGGAGGGGAGGGCGGCGGCGGCGGGUCUCUCAGGACCUUCAGCACUCCCAGCGGAGCCCAAGACGACACCAGAGACGUGCCCUUCCCUCGCUCUCCCCUAGGGGCGUGUGUGGGUGUAAAUAUUGGAUACCUUGCAAGGAGGUGGCCUGAGUCCGGUAAGAUCAAGCAGGAGCUGGAGAAGGUCUGACUCGUCUCGUCAACGCCAGAGAGCUCCGAAGGCAGCAGAUGGCUUACCCACUGAUAUAUAAUAAGGAAAACACUCCCGUAGAAUGUGUCUUAAGUUAUAACAAAUCAGAAGAGAGAGAAUAUUAAGCUUGUGCAAGUCUUGCAGCACUCAGCAGUGGUUCAAGUUCAAGUAUGUUUAUUGAGACAAGGAAAAAUGCAUCUCAAAGGGAUAAAGCUGCUUAGGCUAUUUUUAACCCCCUUUGCAGUGGUACGGGCAGCUGGGAGGAGCCUCGCGCGUCCAACACCACUGUCACCGGAGGGAACUGUGACCUUGUGUGACAACAGUGACCUUGUGUGACAACUGCUUACCUUGUGUGACAACUGCUUACCUUGUGACAACUGCUACCUUGUUGACAACUGCUUACAUUGUGUGACAACUGCUUACCUUGUGUGACAACUGCUUACCUUGUGUGACAACUGCUUACCUUGUGUGACAACUGCUUACCUUGUGUGACAACUGCUUACCUUGUGUGACAACUGCUUACCUUGUGUGACAACUGUUACCUUGUGUGGCAACUGCUUACCUUGUGUGACAACUGCUUACCUUGUGUGACAACAGUGACCUUGUGUGACAACUGCUUACCUUGUGUGACAACAGUGACCUUGUGUGACAACUGCUUACCUUGUGUGACAACAGUGACCUUGUGUGACAACUGCUUACCUUGUGUGACAACGGCUUACCUUGUGUGACAACGGCUUGCCUUGUGUGACAACGGCUUACCUUGUGUGACAACGGCUUACCUUGUGUGACAACGGCUUACCUUGUGUGACAACGGCUUACCUUGUGACAACGGCUUACCUUGUGUGACAACUGCUUACCUUGUGUAACAACGGCUUACCUUGUGUGACAACGGCUUACCUUGUGACAACGGCUUACCUUGUGUGACAACUGCUUACCUUGUGUGACAACGGCUUACCUUGUGUGACAACGGCUUACCUUGUGUGACAACGGCUUACCUUGUGACAACGGCUUACCUUGUGUGACAACUGCUUACCUUGUGUGACAACGGCUUACCUUGUGUGACAACGGCUUACCUUGUGUGACAACUGCUUACCUUGUGUGACAACAGUGACCUUGUGUGACAACUGCUUACCUUGUGUGACAACUGCUUACCUUGUGUGACAACUGCUUACCUUGUGUACAACGGCUACCUUGUGUGACAACGGCUUACCUUGUGUGACAACGGCUUACCUUGUGUGACAACUGCUUACCUUGUGUGACAACAGUGACCUUGUGUGACAACUGCUUACCUUGUGUGACAACUGCUUACCUUGUGUGACAACUGCUUACCUUGUGUAACAACGGCUUACCUUGUGUGACAACGGCUUACCUUGUGUGACAACGGCUUACCUUGUGUGACAACUGCAUACCUUGUGUGACAACUGCUUACCUUGUGUGACAACUGCUUACCUUGUGUGACAACGGCUUACCUUGUGUGACAACUGCUUACCUUGUGUAACAACUGCUUACCUUGUGUGACAACUGCUUACCUUGUGUGACAACUGCUUACCUUGUGUGACAAC